AUGAGUUCUGUGUUAGGCCGGAUGCUUAAUUUGGAUUUUGAGGACCAGUUUGAUGCAGAGGAUUCUUCAACUUCAAAUGUUUAUGUGGAAGAUUCUUCAUCUAUAAAUGUUAACGCAGAUAAUUCUUCAUCUACAAACCAUAAAUGCCAACUAUCCGGUCGUGAUGACACUACUUGUUAUGCUUCUGAGAAUGGAAUUCAGGAUGAAGAACACAAUGUAGAAAUUUUGGCAGAAAAUACUUCAGAUGGAAGAAAUGAUACAAGUCCUGAACUACCUCCAGUGAAGCAUGGUCGAAAGCAUCUUCUGAAUGCAGUUGUUAAAGGCACGGCCAUUGUUGGUGUGUUAUUUUUCUUGUUGCACGUCAGAAGCAGAGGGGAUAAUGCGAAAGAUACUGUGCCAUUUGAUCAGACUCAGAAGUUUGGCAGUUCAAAGUUCUCAUCAACGAAGCAACGGAAAGAAGGUAGAAUGAGUGGAAUAUAUCCAGCUGAAAAGCUAAAGUUUGGAAAUUAG